AUGGGGUGGCUGGGCCUGUUCUCCUCGGUCAGUGGGUGCUGUCCUUUGGUUGGGUUCGGGGGCGGGGCCCUGCCUCUUGUUAGGCCUGCGGCAGUUUCGGGGGUUGGGGCUUGGCUAGGGACCUAUCCUACGGCUAGGCAUUGUGCAGUGGCUCUGUUAUUUAUUCUCCUUUAUUUUCGGUUGUGGAGUUCUCUAGGCCGCCAUGUGCGUGUCCUCUCAGUUUGCUAUUCCUGUUCUUUUCUAGGCGUUACUUCUAUCGUUUCGGAAAAAAAAAAAGAACCCAACGCCGCUCUCCGUUUCGCCCUCGUGAAGAACCCUAGCCGGACCUCCCUCUGCGUCAGGGCCUCCGCCGCCUCGAACACAAAUCCAACGGUUCUGACAUCAGGAAACGGCGUCGGCGGCAUUUUGGCAGCCGAUCCUUUGCGCACGAUCGUUGAUUCCAGUUCAAUCGACGUGGAUGCGGUGACAGAGGCAGAGCUGAAGGAGAAUGGGUUCCGUAGCACGCAGCGGACGAAGCUGAUCUGCACGAUAGGCCCCGCCACGUGUGGGGCGGAGCAGCUGGAGUGGCACCGGGAGGUAAUUGGGCAGGUGAGGAGUCUGAAUGAGGAGAAGGAGUAUGCGGUGGCCAUCAUGAUGGACACAGAUGGGAGCGAGAUUCACAUGGGGGAUCUCGGUGAUUCGUAG